AUGCAAGAUAUGGUUGCUAGAAGUUUGGAUGGCAAAUAUACUAAUUUACGGCGGUGUCGAAGUCUACCUCACAUUAAUAUGACACGACGUGAUGGGCAGUAC